UUCUUUCAAUGAAGAAACAGCACCGGGCUAAAUAGUUGCGAUAACUUGUUUAAAAAUAACGUGAUAUCGAGGGUUCACAUGCCUUCAUCAAGUUGGAUAGCGGCACGUUCGAUUAAUAUCGAAACAUCAAUGUCCGUUGAUGCUUCCCAAAAGUAUUUCAAAGCUCUAAGUGCUCUCCGAUCGAGUUGCGAGUUCUUAAUUUUUCUCGUACGUGCCUUAUUUUUGUUGAUGUUCUUACCCCGGUAUUCACUUAGCAUGAUUUUGGGUCAUCAUUAAGCACGCCUACCAAAACAUGCUGUAGUACGUGCUAAAGUUUUGCAUGAUGUCAUCUUUCACACAACCUUGUUACUAAGUGUGUUGUUUAGUUGGGCAAUACCACUGAGAUCACAACUGUCCCUAGACUUCCAAAUAAAUUGUGUUUCGUUGUAGAUUCUUAAACAUAAUGCUGAAUGUUUGUUUUCAUGUUCAGAUCUUGACUGUUCCAAAGGAACAAAUAGUGUUGAAUGCUAUACAAUGUAUUAUAACUACCGUGUCAAAAACUAACCUAUACUGCAAUCACUGCUCAUUAGUUAAUCAUCCCUGUGUGUCAGCAAUAAAUGUCUUAGUAACCCACAUGUGCAAGAAAUAUGUAAUUAAAUAUGUACUUGUGUGCAUGUGUACUCUAUAAAUUAUAAUUUCACGGUUUCAAGGGUGCAUUUAGCGGGAAUUAACUGAAUAAUUUUAUUUGAUAAUUAUCAACUUUGGUUGUUUUAAAAGUUAUACAAUUCCCAAUCACUUUUAAUUCCGUAGCAGUUUUUUUUGUGAUGAUUUUUUUUCAGGAUAUGAAAUUUUAUACGUUAAAUUUUAUUUUAAACACACUCUUGUUAUGACUCACCCAGACACUGCUUGUGUUUGUUCCUCAAUUUGUGUCAUCAUACUUGUAACCUUUGGGAUUAAGUUUCUGUCCAUUUUUAGUUAUGCGUAAUACUAGUGAUGCAAUUUGAUAGCAAAUUCAUAAGUCCUAAAUGUUUAACCUUGCUUUGUCAAUUUUAGAACAGUUUGAUUGUCAUCCAUGCUACUAAAAUGUUUGGUAUAAACUUUUUAUCACCUUCUGUGUUUCCUUGUCCAUGCCAGAGAUCAUGUUCCUACAGAAGAUUUUCUGAAUGAUUAGAUUUCUGAUCAGGGCUUUAGACAAGGGUACUUCAUUUCUUUGUGGACAGCGGGGUCCUGAUGCGGCUAUGCCCUUAGCAGGGCAUGGUAAGGGUGGAUUCUUAGGAAGGAAUUCAGAGACUGCAGGCUUAUUUGAUGAACAAGACCCAGAGAAACUUUUUAUAGAGCUAAGAGAAAUCGGCCAUGGCAGCUUUGGUGCUGUGUACUAUGCCAGAAAUUCCAGAACAAAUGAGGUGGUGGCAAUCAAGAAGAUGUCCUACAGUGGCAAACAGUCUAGUGAGAAAUGGCAGGAUAUUGUAAAAGAAGUUAAAUUUCUAAAGCUUUGUAAUCACAAGAAUACUAUUAGCUACAAAGGAUGCCAUUUGAAAGAUCAUACGGCAUGGCUUGUUAUGGAAUAUUGUGUAGGAUCAGCUUCAGAUAUUUUGGAAGUGCACAAGAAACCUCUUAGAGAAGUAGAGAUUGCUGCAAUAUGUCAAGAUGCAUUACAGGGACUUAGAUAUUUACACAGAAAUGGACGAAUUCAUAGAGAUGUCAAAGCUGGAAAUGUUCUAUUGACUGAGGAUGGAACCGUUAAACUAGCGGAUUUUGGCUCAGCUGCUCUUGCUGCUCCAGCCAAUUCUUUUGUGGGGACACCAUACUGGAUGGCUCCUGAAGUCAUCUUGGCUAUGGAUGAAGGACAGUAUGAUGGAAAGGUGGAUGUGUGGUCCUUAGGAAUCACAUGUGUUGAACUGGCUGAAAGAAAGCCUCCACUGUUUAACAUGAAUGCAAUGAGUGCUCUCUACCAUAUUGCACAGAAUGAUCCUCCAAUGCUGACCACUCCAGACAGCUGGUCUGCAUGUUUUGUGGAGUUUGUGCAGCUAUGCCUGAGGAAACAGCCAGCCAACAGACCCACAGCUGAGGAUCUACUUCAGCAUCCAUUUGUAUCACAACCACGUCCUGAGGGAAUCAUCCUGGAGCUGAUUGAGAGAACAAAACAAGCUGUAAGAGCUCUGGACAACAUGAAUUACCGCAAAAUGAAGAAGAUGAUAAUGGGUGAUCCUAGCGGAGAAGUAAAUGAAGAAGGUGAUAGCUCGAUAGCUGAGACUGAAGAUGAUGAUGAUAAGUCAGAGGCGUCUGUAUUCAUUGUUCCCACGUCAGCAUGCCAUGUAAACUUUGAUGGGGUGUUGGAAGAAGGGGACGGGCCUACAGCAUCUGAGGACAGCUUGGCCUUUUCUGAAGACUCCUUAUCUUCAUCAUCAUCAUUUCUUCACUUCAGAUCUGCACAGAGUGCCGAGCUUGACAAAACCAAGAAGGCAAGUGUGAGUAGUACAGCCAGUGUGGCUAGCAGUACAGACAGCUUGCAAGGAGUUGAACAAGACAGUGAGGCAGCUACCCCUGGAAGUUCAUCCUUUGAAGUUUCCUCUAUCAGUUUGCAACAGCACCACCGUGAAGAUGACGACAGGUUUGCCACCAUCCGGCCUCAAAACCUGAUUGCUAGGCAGCAUCAGGAACACAACAGGCAGGGAGAUGAGAUGAGAGACCAGCUGGAGGUGUACAAGAAACUGCGGCAGAAUCAUCAGAAGGAAGUGCGCAUACUGGAGGGCAGACUACAGCUGGAGAUGAACGACCACCGCAGGAAUCUCGACAGGGAAUACGACCAACAGGUGCACCAGUUUGAAAAGGACUUGGAAAAACUGAGGACCAGGCAAAAGACUGAAAUGGAACAAAAGCUGAAACAGAUGUCAGCAGAUGAGAAGCGACUGCUUAAACACAUCAAAGACAAGCAUGACAACGACAUGAAAAUGUUUCUUUCUGAUCAGAAGGCGGCUUACAAAGCUGCCAAGAACCAGUUCAAAAAGGACCAGAGCAACCGUUCGUCCUACCAGGGAAGGAAAAACUCGUUACACGCCGCCCAGGAAAACGCUCUGCGAGAAAAGAUGCAUGAACAUGACAUUGUGCGCAAUGCUGAACUCAGAAAGUUUCGCCGAGAACAACUCCUACAACGGCAGAACUUGGAAAAAGUGUUACUUACUGAGGAGAUGAACAUGCUGGAGAGUCAGAAUGAACUAUCGCACAGUAUGCUGAUCAGGCAUCACGAGUGCACACAAGAUCUAGAGUUCAGACACUUGAAUGCGGUGCACAGAUUGAGAAGAGACCAGCAACAGAAUCAGCACCAGACGGAAUAUACCAGCCAAGUCGAUUAUAACAAGAGAUUAGAGAUGGAGCUCAGAAAGAAACAUCUGUUUGAACUGAAAAUGCAGCCGAAGACACUAAAGGCCCGAGAAAUGCACAUCAAGAAACAAUACAGGAACGCGCUCAAGACGCAAACUCUGCAGUACAAAGCUCUUCAGAAGCAGAUCCUAGAGAAGGCACCAAAAGAACGGCACAAGGAACUCACCAAGCAGUUACGCGAGGAGAAGAUGAGAAAGAUGGCGGAUCUCUCCGUACAGUACGAUCAGAGCAUUUCUGAAAUGCUGCAAAGACAAACGUUAAAGUUGGACGAAAGCCAAGUAAGAGAACAAGAAGUGCUGCGAAUCAAGCUUCAACAGGAGGAGCAAUUACUGAGUGCCUAUCAGAGCAAACAGACCAUGCAGCUUAGAGCUCAGCACGAACGCGAGGAAACGGACCUUCAGGAUAAGGUCUCCGUCAGAAGGGCUCUCUUGGAAGAAAAGAUGUUUCAAGAAACCACACGCCUGCAGGACAUCCGAGCUCAGAGACAGGAGGAACUAGAACUGAAACACGCGAGAGAGCUGGAGGAUUUUGACACCAACUCGAACUCCGGAGCGGGACCGAACACAUUCUCGCUGAAACACAGGAGCACCAGCAGCAUCAGUAACGUGAGUACAUCAAGCACGACCAGUUCAAGAAGCACGGAGAACAACGGCACGGUGGUUCAACAGCCGAGCAAUGACGAGGCGAGACUACAUGUUAGUGCGGGUCCCAUGCGAGUAUAGCGGGUCUGCAACAGACAGCAGUCAUUUCCAAUCUAGAAUAUAAAGUACACAGCAGUAUCAAUGACAGUGAUUUGCUCGCUGGCGGAUAUAUCCUCGGCGACGGAUAUAUGAGAGAAAUAUUAACAUUUUUCAAAGUCUAUACGGAAUUUAUCGAGCGUGGUUCGUCGGCGUCUGGUCCACGAGACGAUCGCGCGUGUCUUGUCUUUUUGCGCGGUAUCCGCGCGGGAAUUCGCCAGUGACGUGGCCUCUCAGAGAAUGCUUUUGUGUUUAUUGACAAAUCAAGGAGCACGCGACACUUAAAUUGCGUUACCGUAAUUGUGGUUCUUUUUGUCACGUCAUGACGUAACGCGGAGUUUUGGUCACAGAUUUCCUUGGUCGAGAACAGCAAGGAGGAAAUAAACUUCCGAUUGAAGACUUCUUCAUGUAUCAAACACUGAGUGAUUGUUGUAUUAUGAGGAGAUUGUAGUGUUGUGUGAUGUUAUUGGACUUCGGAUAUGUGUUUGGAACCUCUUCAUCGCUUUCGUGCCUCGAGGCGGAAGUCGCCAGGGUGGAAGUUCCUUGUCAGCAGUCCUCAUUCAGAAGUCUAGCACGGUCCGGGGUGGAGGGGGUUUGGUGGCAGACCUACUCAUCGAGGUGCUGCACUUUAUUAAGAUACGUGCCUCGAUGGUUGUUUUGGAGAUGCAUUGAAGUGACCGUAUGGGAAAGCUUAUUCAUGUAAUUUUAACUAAUAUAUUUCAAGAAAACCUAAUGCAAGUCGCUCCUAAAUGAAUCAGUUGUGUUUUUUUUUUUUAAAAAAAGGUGACACGACUUGCAUCAGAUGUAUGUUGUCUAUUUUUGUACAGUAGCAGAGAGAAAAUUCCUUGUCAAUGUUGAACUAUGUGAAAUUCAAUUCAUUUCUUUGUCAACCGUUUUGAUUGUUGACUGGCCCAGAUUUGCUUGAUGUUGGACUUCGUUUGAAAAUAUAACAGUGUUGCCUUUUUUUUGUGCAAAUCGUUGAAUAAAAUUUCUUCAAAAAUUGGCAUUGGCUACACCAAGGGUGUGACUGCAAAAUGUUCAACUGGAUUAGUGAUCAUCAUGCAAUUUCUCCUUACAACAUCAUUACAAAGUGAAGCAUUCAGGCCAGGAGAAUCAAUCAACUGAUCAUCAAAAGGAUAGUGUCUUAAUAUAUGAUCAAAUUUUUCCCAUGCCAACUUUUUCUUAAAAAAUAAUUAUGAAGGAAAGUAAGGAUUUUUUUUUGUUGGCAUCAGGACUUCACAGUGAAAAUCUUUCUUAGUCCUGUAAAUAUUAAAAUUAAAAGAGAAGUCUAGUUGACUCUCGGAUCAUGUUAGCAAUUUUUCCUACUGUAGUUUACCCANCCCCCCCCCCUCCACUCCCUUGAACAAAAAAGAUAAAACAGAAAAGAACUCUCAAAUUACGAAUGAGAUGAAACUUAUGGGUUGUUGAAUCAUCUUUCUGUGCUUGUUUUUAUCGAGAAUUAGUUUUAAAGAGACCAUUUUUAAACAAUUUACUGUUAAGAGGAUCUUGCAUAUUUAAGUGUAUUAGAAAUCUUGUACUUGUGUCGUAGCAUGUCUUCAUUAUCCUCUGAGGGUUGAUUCCUUGAUUUGUACAUAGUAACGGGGGUCGUGCAUGUUGUCUUUUUGGAUGCGGGUACUAUAUGUACUGUUGUUGCGACUUUUCACGAUAAAUUUCCUUACAGGACUUAAUGGUUUAAGAUGCUGUAAUGUGUAUGUAAAUAUUUUAAGCCAAUGAAUUUGAAUUAUAAAAGUAGGCAAUAAAGAUUUUAUUUCAUCUGU